GCCCCUCCGCUCGCCGCUCCGAUGCCGGCGGGCGCCGAGCAGCCGGCGGGCGCCGAGCAGCAGCAGGAGCCGCAGCAGGAGCCGCAGCAGGAGCCCGCCCGGAGUCCGCCGCCCGCGGCCGAGAGGCCCCCGCCGCCAUCGGGACGCCGCCGCCCGUGUGCAGCCGCCACCGCCGAGCAGGGGGAGGAGAGCGGCGGCGGCGGCCGGGUGCUGAGGGGCGGCCGGGAGCGGGGCCGGGCCGCGGGCGGAGCGGCCGCCUCCCGCCGCCGUAAGGCCGAGUACCCCCGGCGCCGGCGGAGCAGCCCCGGGGCCCGGCCCGCCGCCGCGGAGCAGCCCGCCGCCGAGACGCCGUCCGCCGCCAGGAAGGGAGCGCCCCGCGCUGGGUGCACGGAUAAAGCCUCUGGCAAAGAUCCCAAAGAAGAGAAGGAGGAGGAGGAGGUUUCCCCUGCCCUCAGCCAGGGCUCUCCGGUCAGCACAGCCCGGCCCAGCAGGAGCUGGCGCAGCAGCAGGUCGGCCAGCGCUGCCCGCCAGCGUGAAGCCGAGAACUCGCGUGCCUCCAGGUCCAAGACCGGCUCCCUGCAGCUCGUCUGCAAGUCGGAACCCAACGCCGACCAGCUGGAAUACGAGGUCACAGAAGAGCAUCAGUCUCCAGCUGGAAUCAGUGAUGAUGAGGAGGAGAUCCUUGCUAGUGAGGAAGAAGUUCCCUUCAAAGAUGAUCCAAGAGAUGAAACCUACAAGCCCCAUCUCGAAAAGGAAGCUCCGAAGCAAAGGAGAAAAGCUGGCAAGGGAAAAGAAGAAAAAGAGAAGCAGAAGGAGAUUAAAGUAGAGGUAAAAGAAGAGAGUGAGUUUCGGGAAGAUGAAGAACCACCAAGGAAGAGAGGAAGGAGAAGAAAAGAUGACAAGAGCCCGAGAUUGCCCAAGAGAAGGAAGAAGCCUCCGAUACAGUACGUCCGCUGUGAGAUGGAAGGCUGUGGCACAGUCCUGGCCCACCCGCGUUACCUGCAGCAUCACAUCAAGUACCAGCACUUGCUGAAGAAGAAGUAUGUGUGUCCCCAUCCCUCCUGCGGUCGGCUCUUCCGACUGCAGAAGCAGCUCCUGCGGCAUGCCAAGCACCACACAGAUCAAAGGGACUACAUCUGUGAGUACUGUGCCCGGGCGUUUAAGAGCUCUCAUAACUUGGCAGUGCACCGAAUGAUCCAUACAGGCGAGAAGCCCUUGCAGUGUGAGAUCUGUGGAUUCACCUGCCGGCAGAAGGCUUCCCUCAACUGGCACAUGAAGAAACACGACGCGGACUCCUUCUACCAGUUCUCCUGCAACAUUUGCGGCAAGAAAUUUGAGAAGAAGGACAGUGUCGUGGCCCACAAAGCCAAAAGCCACCCAGAAGUGCUUAUUGCUGAAGCACUGGCAGCCAACGCAGGUGCCCUGAUCACCAGCACUGACAUUCUGGGCACUAACCCUGAGGCCAUCGCGCCGCCCACCGAUGGCCAGGGCCUCCCUCUUCUUCCUGACCCCCUGGGCAGCGCUGCCCCGGCCGAUUGCCUGCUGCUGAACCCCGAUGGGAUGCCGAAGACGUACUGCGGCGGGGCGGAGCGUGUGAGCCUGGUGGCUGACGGCAAGCUCUUCGUAGGCAGCGGCAGCAGCGCCAACCCUGAAGGGCUGGUGAUGAACACAGAGAUCCUGGGAGCCACCACGGAGGUGCUGAUCGAAGAUUCAGACUCCACUGGACCCUAGUGGGUGGGGAGCACGUGGGUGCUGGGACUGUUCGGACUCUAUUUAAAAGGAAACAAAACAAAACAAAACAAAAACAAAAAACAAAAUGGAGACACUUCUUGAAAGAGAGAAAAGUUAAACAAAACUUAAAAUACUAGUAAGUAACCGAAGGGUCUGCUCCCCUCAGCGUGGAUCACAGCACGUCCUCUUUCUCCCAACCACUUCUGUCUCCCACUGCUCCUUUGCAGAAAAGGGGCGCGCGCUGCCAUUACCAGAGCAAGUCGGACUGAGUGAUGGAUUUCUCCGAGGGAGGGGGAAGGCUGAAACCCUUCGCUCUACCCUGAAGCAGAUGCCUUUCUGGCUCCUUGACCUGGCCCUGUUUGCAAGCUAGAAGGCACUUGGUGUGCUCUGGACAAGUUUCUUAGGACUCCCUUUUUGCCCCGUGGUCCCACUUCUAUGCAUUGCUGCAACUCUAGUCCUCGCAGUCUCACUCUUCAUCCCGGGGCUGGGAGUUUGGCUCGGCACUUUAGGCCCCCUCGGCGGGGCGGGCUGCGAAGGAGUCCCUGUCCCCCGCCGCACUCGGCCCCAUCCCUGGCAGGAAGCAGAGGGAACGCCCUGGCUCAUAGAUCAUGUUUGCUUGGAGAGGCCCGGGGGCUACGGGAGCCCUGCGUGGGAGAGGCAAGGAGGAGCAUCCCGGUUUGACGACAGUAAUUUGCACUUUGAACAUGUUUCGUUUUUGUGUUGUGGUAACGAGAUUCCUUAUUUAUUGAUAAAAGGGUCGGUAUUUUUUAGUUACGUUCUUGGUGGGUGGGGUGGCAAGGGGUUCAGGCUGCUUCCCAGUAGGCUCCUUCCCACCGGAGAGCCGUAGGGAGUGCGCAUGCCAUGUAACAGCAGCUGGGAGAGCUGGCGUGAAAGCAGCGUGCUGCAGUUGGACCUCAUGGCUUUCCAGUGCGGAGGGAGAGCCCCAGAGAGGAGCAGAGGAGUCCUUGCGGCAGCGUUUUAGCAGGAGGAUGAGGUGAGUGACGGCACAACUGCCUCUCGUCUCCCUCCCUCCCAGCUCAGCCCUUUUUUUUGCUCCCCUUACUCCCUUACCUCGCUGGGAAGGACAGCAUUAGCCAGGAUCGUUGUUCUCAUGGCCCAGGACAGUGGUGCUCCUCCGAAGAGAUCGGGUGUGGUUGUCUUUAGCUCGUCUAUCCGAGGCAGUGGGCUGAUGGGGGAGUAGAGGCUGUCGGUUUGUCCACGCCUCCGUUACGGGUUGUGCUGCGCUGAGCCCCUCACUUGUGCACAGCCACCUCUGCUCCCCGGGGUGGUUUGGUCACUGCCUGCUGCUGUGUUAGGACAGCUCAGAGCCUGUGGAAGAGUUUACAUAGGAAAUGAUGGCUGGUCUUUAGGCUCGGAUCUUUUUUGCUCUGUUAUCCGAAGCUGCGUGUGGAGACUCAGUGGCCUUGAAUUCUUGGUGUGUUUGGAAGAGGUGACCAAUAACCUGGGCUUUCUGUUGGUUUACAUGUUUUUUUUUUCAGUUGUUUGUAUGCUGGGAACAGAGCUGAAGUGCUUUGUCCAAGCCUGAGGUCAGCAGAACCGGUCUGUAACAGCAGCCAGGCAAAGUCAAGUAUCUGGGGUCUGGAGAGCAGCAAUAAAACAUGGAAUUGAAUUGGAAAGUUUUCACAGGAAACCGACUCCAAACGCCCACUCUGUCGCCUGUGCUGCCUGGAAAUCCAGCUGUAGCCCAAAGCCUGACAGCGCUUACUGGGUCACUUGUCCUGAUUUCCCCUUUCCCUUCCCACUGACAUUGAAGUCUGUGUUGGAGCGAGGCAGAGCACUGCUGUUUGCGGGGAUGCUGUGUGUUGGUCCGUGCCCUGGGUGUGGGCACGCGCCGCUCCUGUGCCGUGGCUCCUGUGUGUGUGAGCUGGAGGGGGAGCGGAAGGCUGAACGCGGGGCUCCUGGCACGGUGGUGUGGGAGCACACUAAAAGCAGUCGCUUUAGCUGGCACGGCCCGCUUUCUUGCUUGGGUCUAAUUGGGAUUCCCUUGGGAAAGCAUUGCUAACUGAAGGGGCACCAUGCAGUGCACAGAGGGGGGGUUCACCCCCAGCAGUGUGGCUCUUCUAUGCAGGGAAAUAAAGGAGGGGAGCAUGCAGCUUGCACUGAGGUGUGCCUCCUGGCAGCUGUGGAUCGACUCCCCCAAAUUAGGAGCUGCUUCUCGUGCCCUGCCACCGCGCCGGGGAGUGCCGUGUGGCAGGCAGAGCCUUGCACAGAACACUAAAUGAAAUGGGAGAGAUUGGGGUUUGCUCUCUGACACUAAAAUGAAUGCUUUUGGGUCGGGAGCUUGCUCGCAGCUGGUGACGCAAUGCCGGGCUGGGCCAGGAGGCGAGGAGGCUGCCUCGUCCUGCCCCUGCCCCGAGCACUGCUACGUGCUGUGGGGUGCAGGACCGAGCAGCUCCUUUGCCUCCUGCGUUGCUCCUGGCCCGAACCCCUCUGGUCUCUGCCUUACCCUCCCAUGCCCUCAUCGCUUCCCUUUUUUUUUCUGUCUCAGCAAGUUGCCUGUCUGUCCUCUAACCACAGCCUGCUCGCCCUCGGUGCGGGAGAGUCUGGUGUAACUCCUUUCCCCCUCUCUCUGAAACCCUACAACUGACACAGCCCUCCCGCAGCUCCUCCUCUCGGUGUCUCUCCUUCACUCGCAUGCAGUUUGCUUCAAUAAAUUAUUGUAGUAGUUUGCAAUAAACUUUUUUUGUAUUUUUUUUUCCCCUGUAUUUAUUUUAUUGUUCUCCUCCCUGGAAGGGAAGCUGGGGCCCUGGCCCCAAGAAAACCCUGAGAUGUAGGAUGAGAUGGGUGCAGGUUAUGGGAGCCCUAUGGGGGCUGCGGGGCCUGGUGCUGGGUGGUGCUGCGGUGGCUGAGGGAAGCUGCUUUUCUACUCUGUUUUUCUUUUCAUCUGGGUAACACGUAACCAAAAUAAAUGUACUGAGGAAAACAAACCAA